AUGACGCGAUGGCCGGUGAUUCGAUGCGAUGCGGUUGCUGGCUCGCCCGUUCCUUCCCUGCGACAUGAAGCUCCAAGACCGAAGCCCGUAGGAAAUGCUCUCAUGCCUAUGAUCUCAUUCCUUGCGCUCCUCAAGCCGCGUGAUCUCGUGUUGACCAUUGCCGGUGCUUCCUGCCCUCACUAUUUCCGUCUCCAUUUCCUCUUUUCCGCCCGUCGGCCGUGGCGAAUGGCGUACCAACGGGGCCCGACAGCGCCCAACCUAGAUUGCUGA